UCUAUGGAUUGCCUCGCCAACACGAAAGCCUUGGGUAAUCGCUAGCGAGUGACAGUUGUUUCACAAGACCAGGUCUACAGCAGCGACAUGCACCGUCUGUGACAUUCAGAAUGCUGGCCUAUUUGACUUGAGCAGCUUGAGGACAACAUAAGCUGCAGCGUCGGUCAGAGCUUGAACCUACAGUAGGAAAGAGAUGGGGAACACGGCAACCAAGUUCCGUAAGGCUCUCAUCAAUGGGGACGAGGUGCUGGCCUGCCAACUGUACGAGAGCAACCCACAGUUCAAGGAGGCUCUGGAUCCUAACUCUACAUACGGAGAGUCCUACCAGCAUAACACUCCACUGCACUAUGCUUCCCGGCACGCCAUGGCCCGCCUACUCAGGUCUUUCCUCUAUAGCAAAGAUGGGAAUCCUAACAAGCGUAAUGUGCACAAUGAGACAUCUCUGCACCUUCUCUGCAUGGGGCCUCAGAUCCUGACCUCAGAGGGGGCGCUGCAACCCCGGAUCUCACGGCCAUAUGAAGACAAACAACGUCGGGCAGAAUCCCUACAAGUCAUCCUGGCAUGGACCGGAGCAAAGCUGGACCAGGGAGAGUACGAAAGCGCUGAUAUCAAUGCCACUGACAACAAGAAAAACACCUGCCUGCACUAUGCUGCUGCCUCAGGCAUGAAGACGUGUGUUGAGUUACUGGUGGAGAGAGAAGCAGACCUGUUUGCUGAGAACGAAGACCGCGAGACUCCAUGUGACUGUGCAGAGAAGCAGCACCACAAGGAGUUGGCCCUGUGCCUGGAGUCGCAGAUGGUCUUCUCUCUUGCCCCGGAGGCAGAGGGUAUAGAGGCAGAGUACGCAGCCCUUGACCGAAGAGAGAUGUAUGAAGGACUGCGGCCUCAGGAUCUACGGAGGCUGAAGGACAUGCUGAUAGUGGAGACAGCCGACAUGCUGCAGGCCCCUCUAUUCACUGCAGAAGCACUGCUACGUGCCCAUGAUUGGGACAGAGAGAAGCUCCUAGAGGCCUGGAUGAGCAAUGCGGGGGAAUGCUGCCAGCGCUCGGGUGUACAGAUGCCCAACCCGCCUCCAAGUGGUUACAAUGCCUGGGACACGUUGCCCUCACCCCGGACGCCACGCACCACCCGCUCCUCCAUCACUUCCCCAGACCAAAUCAGCCUCAUGCCUGCGGAAGAGGAGUCCUCUCUGUGUGGCAUCUGUAUGUCUUCCAUUUCCGUCUUCGAGGAACCUGUUGACAUGUCCUGUGGCCAUGAGUUCUGCAGAGCAUGCUGGGAAGGGUUUCUUAAUCUAAAGAUCCAGGAGGGUGAAGCCCACAACAUCUUCUGCCCGGCCUUUGACUGCUACCAGCUAGUGCCUGUGGAAGUAAUAGAGAGCGUGGUGUCUAGAGAGAUGGAUAAGCGCUACCUACAGUUUGACAUCAAGGCAUUUGUGGAGAACAAUCCAGCAAUCCGCUGGUGUCCUGUGGCAGGGUGUGAAAGGGCAGUAAGACUGAGCACCCAGGGCCCAGGGACCUCCAACUCAGACUCUCUUAGCUUUCCCCUCCUUCGGGCUCCAGCCGUAGAUUGUGGCAAAGGCCACCUCUUCUGCUGGGAGUGUCAAGGCGAGGCCCAUGAGCCCUGUGACUGUGAUACCUGGAAGUUGUGGCUACAGAAAGUCAAUGAGAUGAGACCUGAGGAAUUGGCUGGUGUGAGCGAAGCUUACGAGGAUGCAGCCAACUGCUUGUGGUUGCUCUCUAACUCCAAAUCCUGCGCCAAUUGCAAGUCACCAAUACAGAAAAACGAGGGCUGCAACCACAUGCAGUGUGCUAAGUGUAAGUAUGACUUCUGUUGGAUCUGUCUGGAGGAGUGGAAGAAGCACAGCUCAUCAACAGGAGGCUACUAUCGUUGUACUCGCUACGAAGUCAUCCAGCAGGUGGAGGAGCAGUCAAAGGAGAUGACUGAAGAGGCAGAAAAGAAGCACAAGGGCUUUCAGGAACUCGACCGUUUUAUGCACUACUACACACGCUUCAAGAACCAUGAGCACAGCUAUCAGCUGGAGCAGCGCCUGUUAAAAACAGCCAAAGAGAAGAUGGAGCAGCUCAGUAGAGCCCUGAGUGGAAGGGAAAGAGGCCCACCGGACACUACAUUCAUUGAAGAUGCGGUCCUGGAACUACUAAAGACUCGCCGCAUCCUGAAGUGCUCUUAUCCUUACGGAUUCUUUCUGGAGCCCAAAAGCACAAAGAAAGAGAUCUACGAGCUUAUGCAGACCGACUUGGAGAUGGUGACUGAGGACCUGGCACAAAAGGUUAACCGGCCUUAUCUACGGACGCCGCGCCACAAAAUCAUCCGUGCAGCAUGUCUUGUUCAGCAGAAGAGGCAGGAGUUUCUGGCCUCAGUAGCCAGGGGAGUGGCCCCAAACGACUCUCCUGAGGCCCCCAGGCGCAGUUUUGCUGGCGGAACGUGGGACUGGGAGUAUUUAGGCUUUGCAUCACCUGAGGAGUACGCAGAGUUCCAGUACAGACGAAGACAUAGGCAACGGAGGCGAGGUGACAUGUCCAGUCUCCGUAGCAACACACCUGACCCUGAUGACUCCAGCGACAGCAUUUUAGACACACAGGAUGGUGGACGUAGACAUCAUCUGAUGGGACUAGGUUCUUUGGAUGAUGAUGACCCGAACAUUUUGCUGGCCAUCCAGCUGUCACUCCAGGACUCGGCGAUGGCAGAGAUUGCGUCCAACCAUGACGUAUUUGCCAACGAAGCCUCACUCGGCGCUAUCGGCACCUCGCUGCCUUCUAGGCUUGACCAGAGUGCUCCAGGUGUAGAGGUCCUUUCCAGAGCUUCUCUAAGCAGCUCAGAACUGCUGGAGCUGGGAGAUAACUUGUCUAGACUUGGCAACAUCAACAUCAGCAGCCAGUACUCUGCUGCCUCCACCUCUGUGCAGCAUAGUGACAGUCACCACCGGGCCUACGGGGCUUCAGUGCCGAUACCAGUGGCUCCAGGAGGCAGCAACUCAUCAACGGGCCUCUUCUCAUCUUCCAGCGACACUUUAGACUCGACCACAUGCGGCAGCCACGACCCAUCCACGUCCUCUGCAUUAGCAGCAAACGCUAAUUUGCUGGGCAACAUCAUGGCAUGGUUCCACGACAUGAAUCCUCAAGGUAUCACCCUGGUCCCCUCAACCUCCUCUGACACUGACUCAAACCUUGGCUCACUCCAUGCAGGCGGAGAUGGGUGCCCGCAGGAUGACGAGAAAGGUGGGGGCGUCCUGCCUGAAAGCAGGAAACCUCAGGAAGUGAUGGCAGAAGUGGGUUUCUGCUCUCAGAGACUGAGCGACAUGGAGGAGAAGGAGUGUGCCGCCGCUCAGAGGCCGACACAGCUAGAUCUAGUGGGGCUGGACACCAUGCCGCUACCCUACAUGGCCACCCCUGACACAAGCGGAGACCAUGCCGAACGGGGAGGCUCUAAGGUCUGCCACGUCGACACUCCGCGAUGUGACUCUGUGUCCGACCAGCUGCCCAGCAGCAGCUCCUCUGAGUGGGAGGACCAAGUGCACUUGGUAUGAACUGAUUGGCUGAGAUGGGAAGGAGCUUUUUUUUUAGAGAGGCCAAAAACCACUAUAUGAAAGAAAUAGAGAUGAAGAAUAUGUGUAGUAUUCAGGUGGAAUGUAUACAGAAUGAAGAAUGUGUCAGUUCGUACUUGGUUGGAAAGUGGGGGAAGAAGUAUUGAGACUCUAGUUCAGCAUUGAGGUCAGAUUAGUUUCCUGCGUUGACUGUAUUGUCAGCCCCCAAACAAUCAGCCCUCCUUAAAAGAAAGCACUAACUGAAGGAGACAUUACAUUUGAUAACAUUUUUCAAGGAUAUAUUUUCUAAAAUGAGUCUGCUGAUAGAAAAUGAACAACAUUUUUCUUGAGCUUUUUUCUGAAAUCAAUUUUAGAGUAAAUAAGAUACUAAACAUAGUGCAGGUAUUAUAUAUUUUUUUCCACUGGAGUAAAAGCCUACUGUAUGUGUCUGAAUCAGGUGAGGGAGGUUUUUUUCCCCUGUACAUAACAGCAGACUUAUAUAUUGUUCCAAGUCAGUCUGUGGGUUACAGUCUUGGGGAUUAUUCUUGCUCCUGUCCAAACUUGCCUACUUUAUAGGUGCCAAACACUGACUAGC